CGUCUGUGAAAAAAAAAAAACUAGGUCAGAGAACACUGGGCCCCAGUUAUAUUUGGUUACAGCUCUAUAUUUCCCUGGAAAGACUCGCGCUGAUCCCAAGUAGCUCGGGGAGUGUCACGGCAAGGACACGCGCAGGCGAGACGGAGAUCAAAUCUGUACUGUGAUAUGUCUCGUCGGAAUAGGAACAGUCGUGCUUGGCGCUUUGUUUGGAGUGGUGUUCGCCGGGAUACUGAAUCCAGGGCACUUGUCCUGCCUUCAGAUGUGGAAGAAUUUGGAUAUGAACGACUGCAGUUCAGCGACUCAGAUUCUGAAACAGAAUUGCCAUCAUUAACCCCUGCUGUCCCGAGUCCAGUUCCAGUGACAGGGGAGUCCUACUGCAGCUGUGACUCCCAGGCAGAGCCAGCAUACAACUCCAAACUGAGGGGCUUCCAUCGUGUCAAAGACUGUAGCUGUGGAGAAGAUGACCAAGAGUUUGAGUGGGUGUGGGAUGAUGGAAACAAGUCGACCGCCACAUUGCUGAGCUGUGAUAACCGCAAAGUGAACUUCCACAUGGAGUACAGCUGUGGAACAGCAGCCAUCCGGGGCAACAAAGAGCUGGCUGAAGGGCAGCACUUCUGGGAGAUUAAAAUGACUUCUCCUGUGUAUGGCACUGACAUGAUGGUAGGAAUUGGAACUUCUGAUGUCAAUCUCGACAAAUACCGGCACACAUUUUGCAGCCUUCUAGGUAAAGAUGAAGACAGCUGGGGUCUCUCCUAUACAGGCUUACUGCAUCACAAGGGGGAUAAAGUGAACUUCUCUUCCAGAUUUGGCCAAGGGUCCAUUAUUGGAGUUCAUCUAGACACCUGGCAUGGAACUCUGACCUUCUUUAAGAAUCGAAAAUGCAUAGGUGUUGCUGCCACGAAGCUGCACAACAAGAAGUUUUACCCGAUGGUGUGCUCCACCGCAGCAAAGAGCAGCAUGAAGGUGAUCCGCUCCUGCUUCUCGCCAACCUCGCUGCAGUAUCUGUGCUGCGCCCGACUUCGGCAGCUCCUGCCAGAGUGUGUGGACACGCUGAGUGUCCUUCCUCUGCCCCCCGGACUCAAACAUCUGCUCCAGUAUAAGCUGGGCUGGGUGUUACGUAUGAACAGUGGAGCCAGUGAGACGAGCAAUAAGGCCUCGGCAUCCAACUCGCCUUCUGUCUCCUCCUCCUCCUCCUCGUCCUCCUCGGGAAGUGACUCUGAUGGCAGCGCUUCAGACCCAGAGGCUUGUCAAAGGAAGCGCUGCCGGUGGACUUGAGCCUGUGGGAUGUCAAGAGGAAGGUUCUGUUUAGGAGCUCGUCGACGUGCCGCUGGUCCCCACCUUCAUUUACAGACUAAGGACAAGAGCGUUAGCGAGAGUACCACCUUCACGCUGUCCGGCUUCUCUCCUACAUUUAUCUGCAGUCGGGAUGGACGAGCAGACUCGGUGUGGCGGGUCAUCGGCUCGACUUCUGGCAUAUUCCAUUGCGCUCAUCUCCUCCAUGGACUCGAGAAGCUUGCAGCCCGAAACCACCGUCUAGGAGACUCUCUGGACUGGCGUGCGGUGGGGAGGGUCUUGUGAACAAGCCCACCUCUCUCUCUCUGUCUCUCACACACGCACCCACGCACGCACAUGUUACCCUGACCAGAUCUGCGGCUCACUGCGUUCUCUUCAUGGCAGUCAGCUUUCGUUUCUCCCAAAUGACAUCUUGGGCUUCAUUUUAAGAUUUUCAGAAUUAAAAAGUCAAACGGAGAAAGAAAGAGAGAAGAAAACAAAAACACCAAACCUGGCAGAAGCGCAUGCAGCCUGGCGUUGUCUCAAGCCAGGCCACCAAGCACGCCCUCCCAUGUGCCCACCCGGACACCGCUCUGGCCGCCCGUCACUGGACCUGAUCGUUUGCAUGCUCCUGCCACAUUCAUAUGCUUCCAUUUCUGUGCUGUAAAUAGAAGAAUCUUCUCGAGUUGA